AUGGCACAUGCCACAAAUUUACCACAGUUUGGCCCCAUUUUGCCAAGCGCCUGUGGGGUGCUUGAUCCAAGGAGCCAAACCAGUGCUAUCCAAAAGGGUUGUAACCUCCAUUCAGCAUCGCCAGGCUUCACAGCCAGCGACAGUCUCCCGAAGACUGUUGAGCAUGCAGGCAUGCUACCCAAAGGUCUGCGGGAGUUGAAGAGCUGUUGUCCAGAGAAUCGAGAGAAACUGCCCCAGGGGCUGGGACAGCUGCCGCUUGCAUGUGGGCGUGUGCCGCAACACAUCUCGCAUAUCCAAGGCAGAUGGAUUUGGGUGCACCACAUCUGCAAUGGUGGGAUGGAAUUUCAUGUGUUUGGUGGGCCUCAUGCAUAA